UACCUGUCAGAUGAAUGAAGUACAAUUUCUUAGAUGAUGAAUUACUUUCGCAAGUUGUGAAAUUUUUGCAUUUUAAUAUUUCUGUAUUUUAUUUUAAUAGUAUAAGAAAAAUGGACCAGUGGUUAACUGAAGGAUUAUCGAAGAUAUUUGAUUUUCAAGUGCCGGAUGAUAUGAUAGAAUAUAUUCUGUCUAUAGAAAACGAGAAUGACUUGAAAGAGUAUAUGAAAACAUUACUGGACUUUGAUAAUCCUCAUCAUAAAACUUUCUUUUUGGAGCUGGCCAAAAGAAAGUUUCCUGGAAAAGGUGGAGGCACUACAAAACAGCAAAAGAAGAAGAAAGGUAAACAGCAAGAUGUGGUGAGUCCAGUGGAAGCUUGUCCUCCCAUUGAUGCUGACACCAAGUCCAAGAAAAAGACCAAGUAUGUCAACCUUUACUCACAGGAAGGGAAAAACGCUCAAGUCAUUUUGUUGAAAGGUCGCCACCGGUGCGACUGCCAAGCGUCAAAGCACGAGCUGAUCAACAACUGCCUUCAGUGCGGCAGGGUUGUCUGCAAGCAAGAGGGCUCCGGGCCUUGUCUGUUCUGCGGAAAUCUGGUUUGUACACCCGAGGAGCGAAAGGAGUUGAACUCUAAAACGAAGGCAGGCGCUAAACUGAUGGAGUCCCUGUUAGAGAAGAGUCGGCCCGAGGGCUGGGAGGCUGCUUUAUCACACAGGAAUAGGCUUUUGGAGUACGACAGGACCAGCGAGCGUCGUACCCACGUGACCGACGACGAUAGCGACUAUUUCAACACGAACAGUGUGUGGUUGAACUCUACAGAGAGGCAGAAACUCCAGCAGUACCAGCAGGAGCUGCACGAGAAGAAGCACGCUUCAAGGCUUCAGAAGAAGAUGACUUUUGAUUUUGCCGGUCGUCAAAUCGUAGAAGACACGACAAUCGAUUACGAAGUGGACCACGAUCAGCUGCGCGGAUCGUCCGCCGCGGGGCGCAGCGGGCCGCGUGCGCCGCAUCAGCUGUUCGCGGCCGCGCCCGACCGCGACGUGGCGCCGGGGGUCAAUGCCCCCUUGCUACAGUUCGAGCCGACUAUAGAAAGCCGAGCAUACUCAUCAGCCGUAAAAGCCGAUACAGGGAUCCACCCGCGAGUACAGGACGGGGAACUCCUGGAGAUGAGUGACUCCGGUCGCUGCCUAUCCAUGCAUCAGCCGUGGGCGUCCUUAUUGGUUGAAGGCAUCAAACUUCACGAGGGUCGCACCUGGUACACCAGUCAUCGGGGUCGCCUCUGGAUCGCCGCCACGGCCAAGCCUCCCGACCAUGACGUCAUCGCAGCUUUGGAGAACCAGUACAGGUUGUUGUAUCCAGAAAAGCAACUGAAUUUCCCUACAUUUUACCCCACCGGCUGUCUGCUGGGGUGUGUCAGUGUCGACGAUUGUUUGAGUCAAGAGGAAUAUCAGAAGAAGUACCCGGGCGGUGAGAGCGACAGCCCCUACGUGUUCAUAUGCUCGAACCCCAUCAGUUUGCGGCUGCGUUUUCCGAUCAAAGGACAACAUAAGAUUUACACCUUGGAUAAAACAAUUCACCAAGCGGCCAUCAAAUGUAUACAGAAAAUGUCUAAAAUUCCCAUCGAAGAGGUAACCGCGGGAUAAAAGAUAUAAUUGUUAUUUAUAUAGUUUAUUAAAAUUUAUGAAAAUA